AUGCCAGAAACAGAGGACGAUCCCUCCGUGCGAUUCUGGUACCGCCCGUUUCUCUUCGCUCCAGGUGGUGCUGCAGAAGCCGAGGAUUGGGUGAAGGAACUGGAAUUAGCGACUGUGACGGAGAUGGCGAAGAAGGAUCUUGAGAAGACUGGAGAGAGGCUGAAAGUGCUGGUCUUGUAUGGGAGUUUGAGACACAGAUCAUUCUCAAGAUUACUCGCCUACGAAGUAUGCCGUAUCCUCUGGCGCCUAGGUUGCGAUGUGCGAGUCUUCGACCCGGAAGGCCUCCCCAUGAAAGAUGAGAGAAAACACAACCAUCCACUGGUCCAAGAACUACUUAGCCUCUCUCUCUGGUCCGACGGCCAUUUCUGGGUCUCGCCUGAGCAACACGGAAACCUGACCGCUGUCUUCAAGAACCAGAUUGACUGGAUUCCCCUCAGCACCGGCUCGGUUCGUCCUACUCAAGGCCGAACACUAGGUAUUGCGAUGGUGUCUGGAGGCUCGCAGUCUUUCAACACUGUCAACAGUCUCAGAAUACUGGGAAGAUGGAUGCGGAUGUUCACAAUUCCUAAUCAGAGUUCAGUGCCACAAGCUUAUACCCUGUUCACGGAGGAGAGUGUGGAGGAUGAGGAAAAUGAAUCUGGUGUGUCGAGGAUGAUGGCUGGUCCAAAUAGGGACAGGUUGGUUGAUUGUGCGGAGGAAUUUGUUAAGUAUACGAUCAUCAUGAGGCAGCAUGUUGGCUUGUUUGGCGAUCGGUAUAGUGAGCGAUCCGCUGCUGAUGCUAAAGUGACAGCGGCGGCGGCAGCGGAAGUACCAGCACCAGCAGCAUCGGAAAAAGUCAACGGCGUAGAUCUGAAGAAAAUUUGA